GCCGGGGCGGGGCCGGGGCGGGGCCGCGGGACCGAAAGCGAAAGUGAAGGGCGAGGGGUGUCGCCGGUUCCCCCCUCCCCGGACCGGGCUCCCCGCUGCCGGCGAUGGACGAGGACUUUUUCCUGCUGCCGCCGCCGCCCCCGGUGGAGCCGCGGGACGGGACCCCCGAGGGGACCCCCGAGGGCGUCCGGCGGGAGAUCGAGCGCUGCCAGGAGCUUUGCCGCGCUCUGGAGCAAGAGCACGCGGAGCUGCAAACGGCCAAGGAGGCUGUAGAGCAACAGACACGGGAGCUGAGGAAAGAGGGAGAACUUCUGCGUAAAAAUCUUGGGCAACAAACAUCUUCAAGCAGAAACGAAGAGCCAUCCUGCCAGGUGGGCAUUUUUUUAGCCAAGGAGGAGAACAACAGGCUGAGGCAGGAGAAGCAGCUGCUGAAAAAGCAACUGGAAGAAGUGGGGAAGAGGGUCGCCUGGGAGGAUCCGGUGAUGAUGCUGCCCACCUUGCCGGAGAAGAAAAUGGUGUUUAAGGGACUUGUGACAAACAAGGAGGACAUGAACAAGCUGAUGCUCGCCCCACUGAUCCGCUACCCCCUGCCGGGGGGCUCGGCUCUCAUCACCUUUGAGAAGGCAAAGGUGGCGCAGAGGAUCAUCGCGGCGAAGGAGCACGUGGUGGAGCUGAGCUACGGGGAGGAGCUGGAGGAGCACGACCGGUGCAGGGUGCGGGUGCAGGCAGCGCCGGUGGAGCUGCUGCUGCCAUCUGCCCUGGAGAUGCGCCUGAAGCGGAGCAGCAGGAGCAUCCUGGUGUCUGACCUGCCCAGCCUGGGCAUCUCCGACGAGUCGCUGCUGGACAAGCUGGAGCUUUUCUUCAGCAAGACGAAGAACGGGGGCGGCGAGGUGGAGAGCAGGGAGUUCCUGGACGACCCUGCCCAAGUGGUGCUGACCUUCGCGCAGGACGGGGUGGCAGAGCCGCUCAUUGCGAGGGGCCGCAUCCAGGUGCUUCUUGGGAAAGGAAAAUACGAGCUCAAAAUAUCACCGUGCAUGAAUGGAGACAUCACCAACCUGCAGUUCCAGCCCUGCUGCUGCCCCCGCACCGUCCUGCUCUCGGGGAUCCCCCCCGUGCUGGGCCAGGAGUCCAUGAGGGACACGCUGGAGAUCCACUUCCAGAAGGCCAGCCGCGGCGGGGGAGAGGUGGACGCCCUCGCCUACGUCCCGGCGGGAUGGUGGGGGGUGGCCGUUUUCACGGAGGACGUGGCGUUGUCCCAGCCAGCCCCCCUCAGCCCGCUGGCCCCUGGGCACGGCGGCAAUUAAAGCAUCUGUCAGGA